ACGCAGAUUGAACCACUUUGCGUGACAGGCGGCGCCAACUCGAUCAAAGACUUACUCGUCGGACGAAAUAAAUGUAGAUCUUGGGCCUAUUUAUAACUAAAGAAAGCAGCGCUGUUAUCUUAAAAGUGAAGUAUAUUUUGUGACUUUUACGUGCGUUAUUUAACAGCUAUGAUCUAAAUAACCUAGCAAAAAUCGAUACAGAAUUCGUGUAGUAGUGUCAUGGGACUUAGCUUAUGUAACACUUUUUACUGAAAAUAACUUUUUAAAUACAUCUGGUUAUUGUUUACCGAGCCCUAGGGUAAAUUUUCCAAAAUGUUGCGUCGGUGCUCUAGAAAUCUUCAGACCAUAUACCGGCGGCAGAGCCAAGCCCUCCGGUUUCGGUCAACAGAGAUACCCAAGAUCUAUGGAGCUGCUCAUCAUGUUACCCUCAAACCUAGGGUUUUCACCCAUAGCCAGGUAGCCUCUAUUCAUUUUACCAACCCAUUAAUGGCUGAACAGGAUGUGAUGACCCCUAGUUUCCCAGAUUCCGUAUCAGAGGGUGAUGUGAAACUCGACAAGAAAGUUGGCGAUGCGGUCGCAGCCGACGACGUAGUACUAGAAAUCGAGACCGACAAAACAGCUAUUCCUGUCAUGGCACCAGAAAAUGGAAUCAUCAAGGAAUUGUACGUAAAGGAUGGAGAAACUGUAAAAGCAGGACAAAAGUUAUUCCGUUUAGAAAUCACCAGUGGGGCACCCAAAAAGGAGGCACCAGCUGAAGUUAAAUCCGAACCGACUCCUCCACCGGCCGCUGCCCCACCGCCAUCUGCUGUUCCAACGCCAUCUGCUGCACCACCUACUCCUCCCCCACCUAAACCCCAAACGCCUCCUCCCCAAGCACCUAAAGCCGGGGCUCCAAUCUCAUCUAUCCCCGUCGCAGCUAUCCGUCACGCCCAAGCUAUAGAAACGGCAUCAGUCCGCGUCCCACCCAGUGACUACAGCAAAGAAAUUGUCGGCACCCGCAGCGAGCAGCGAGUGAAAAUGAACAGAAUGAGACAGCGUAUUGCUGAACGCCUGAAACAGGCCCAGGACACAAACGCCCUCCUCACAACCUUCAACGAAGUAGACAUGUCCCACAUAAUGGCCUUUAGAAAGAAGAACCUGGAAGCUUUUACUAAAAAGUUUGGUGUCAAACUUGGUUUAAUGUCUCCAUUUGUUAAGGCAGCUGCAAGUGCGUUGCAAGACCAACCGGUUGUCAAUGCUGUGAUUGAUGGUAAUGAAAUCGUCUACAGGGAUUAUGUGGACAUAUCAGUUGCUGUAGCAACACCAAAAGGACUGGUCGUGCCAGUCAUUAGAAAUGUUCAAACAAUGACAUAUGCAGACAUUGAAUUGACUGUCGCUGCACUAGCCGAGAAAGCCAGGAACGGUAAGUUAACUAUUGAAGAAAUGGAUGGAGGUACAUUUACUAUUAGCAACGGUGGAGUGUUUGGCUCAUUAAUGGGCACCCCAAUUGUUAACCCACCACAAUCGGGAAUCUUGGGAAUGCACGGAAUAUUUGAAAGACCAAUUGCCUUGAAUGGGCAGGUUGUGAUCCGACCGAUGAUGUACAUAGCCCUAACUUAUGAUCAUAGAUUAAUUGAUGGUCGUGAAGCAGUGCUAUUCUUGAAAAAAAUCAAGCAAGGUGUAGAAGACCCAGCUAGCAUUGUCGCUGGACUUUAAGUCUAGCACUUAAGACGCUUUUAAAUCAAUAAUCACACUUUAUAUUUAACAGAAUUUAUAAAAGUAAUUCGCUAACGUGAUAAGUUUUAUAAACAUUUUUUUCUGUAAAUAUAAAUCAUUUUAUUUAUUUAUAUUUUAUUUUUAAAAGUGAAUUAUUAAUUUAAAAGUGUUUCAAAGUAAUGUCAACUGCACUUAAAGAACAAGUACAACGCUGAAACACCUGUUACCAUUCUUAAUAUAAGUUAUCAUUAUCUAUUACUUAAAAAGGCAAUUUAAAAUAUUGUAAUAUGUCAAGUUAUGUUUUAAAUUCUUUAUUUCAAUUUAUGUGUUCCGUAUUCGAAUUGCAAAUGUUUUUUUUUUAUAAUAAGAAUGUACUUUAAAAGAAAAAAUUGCAUAUUAUGUAACUUAAGUCAUAGAUAAUUUCAACUGACAUUAAGAUAGAGCGUUAAUAGAUUUAUUCAUACUAAUAGAUGCCUGCCGUUGUGUUAAGGUUCCUCACUGAAAAAUAAUAU